AUGGCAAACCAAGCGAGUGGAGAGAGUGGAGAGGCGGGUGCCCAUUGCGUUGCGGCCGCUGUCACGCGCCAAGAUUGGCAGGAGAAGGAGAAGGUGGAGAGGCAGUCCGUCGAGUCGCUGGACCUCACCGCCUUGCGUGACGAGGCGCCGAGCCAGAUCGAGGAGGGGAACAGCUCGCGGCGGGCCAAGUCGUCUCCAGACUGCCCUUGGCCGCUGAGCAUAAGGUUGGUUCUGGAUUUGCGAACCCUGCGCAGCACAGGCUCUUUGCGCUCAAUGAGCUGGCAGGCGCCGCUGCUUGAUGCCCCGGACACGCUUGAGGCUCCUGCAAGGCAGAGCAUGACCGCGCCAUGUGAGGCCGAGAUAGACUUGCAUGAGCUGCGGCGCCAAACGCUAGCAGCAGAGCGGGUUUGUGAUGACUUUCCUGUCCACGGCCCAGGCUUUUCUAGCCAUGUGUGGACCUACUACAAGGAUUCCGGGGCCUGGUCAGAUGGCUUGUGCGUGUCGCUGCAGAAUCCCAUGCACUGCAUGUACUGCUGCUGCCCCCCUUGUGCCGUUCUCAGGCUGAAGCAGACGCUGCAGCGGUCCAUCCCGUUGACUGUCAGCCUUUGCGGCGGUCGUUUGAGACUUGAAACUGCAAGAGCAGCCUGUGUUGCCACUGCGGCAGUGCUGCCAUCCUUGUAG